GCUGGCGGCGUGCGGCGGCGCGCGCGCCUUCGUGUGCAUGCACUACCAGAAGCUGGAGCCCGGGCUGCGCUACCUGCUCCUGUCCCCCGGCUGGCCCGCGCACUACCAGGCGGGGGAGUCCUGCCAGUGGAUCGCCGAGGCGCCCGCCGACCAGCGCGUCGCCUUCGAGUGCGACGAGUUCUACCUGCCCGGCCCGGCCAGCAACGAGGAGGAGUCGCUUCGGCGACAGUGCCAGGGGUCGUUGGGCUGCAGCGACGCGCUCUACGCGUCCACGUCGGGCGCGCACAUCAACCUGGACGGCAUGCCCUACGUGGGGAGGGACAUGGUGGUGAGCCUGAGCAACGUCCUGAACGUGGAGCUGCGGUCCUCGUACCGGCCGAACGCCGAGGGCCGCUUCCGGUGCUACGUGUCCGCCACCACGGACCAGCAGUGGAACAUCCGCGCCAAGCCCACCGCGGCCACGGCGGCCACCCCGGCGCUGGACGCGGGCCAGAGCAUCGGCUCCUCGCCGGACAACUGCACAUGCGGCUGGCGGCUGGACGGCACGGGAUCCAACCAACUGGCAGGACGCAUCACCAACGGCGUGGAGGUGCGGCCCAACGAGUACCCCAUGAUGGCGGCGCUGGUGGACGGCAACACGGUGGUGUGCGGCGCCGUGCUCAUCUCCUCGUUCCACGCCCUCACCAGCGCGCACUGCAUCCGCGGCACCGCGCUCGACGCCGUGGACCUCAUCGUGGGCGAGUUCGACACCAGCUACGACGUGGAGGGGUCGGUGCAGCAACGCAUGAAGCUGGCGUCGUUCACGCGGCACCCGUCCUGGUCGGGCGACUGGAAGCGGGCCAACAUCGCCGUGGCGCGCUCCAGGGACGAGGUCAGGAUCUCGCUGUACACCGGGCCGGCCUGCGUCCCCAUCAACAAGUCCGCAGACAACUUCCUGGCGCCCGGGGAGUCCCUCAUCAUCCUGGGCUGGGGGUCCAGCGUGUACAACGGCCAGACCUCCACGCGACUCAAGCUCAUGACGGCACCCCUGGUCAACCCCUCGGAGUGUAUCAGCAAGUACGGCCAGCUGUACGACGAGCACUUCUGCACCGGCUCACAAAACUCGCAGUCUGUGUGCACGGGUGACCCGGGGGGGCCACUGCUCUGGAUGAGCCCCAAGACGCACCGCCUCAUGGUGGCGGGCAUCAUCGCCUACGGCGACGGCUGCAGCGGCGCCAGCAUCAUCAACACCAAGGUGUCCAGCUACAUGGACUGGAUCAAGGAAGUCACGCAAAAUUCCAUCUGCUACAGUAAACAGUAAUGCAAGAUAUGUGCUGCACAAGGUAAAGAGUCUGAACCAGCAGGACUUUGCCAACAACAGUAACAAAAUAAAUGGUUCUUUGGCUACUUUCACUUAUCAA